AUGCUCGUCUGGAAGGACAAUGGCCGGGACAUGGUCAACGCAGUGACGGGAGUGCGCUACGCUGAGUUGGGAACAAGAACGAGCACAGGGUUCAGCUUCAGCAAUGACUCGCUCUUGCCUCCGUUUCCCCUGGUCUCUCUGUCUCAUGCCCCCCUGUCUCCCCUCCCCCUCUCCCCCCAGGCAUCCAACAUCAUAUUCCUGGACCAGCCCGUGGGCACGGGGUUCAGCUACAGCACUGACGGGCAGAAGCGCAGCACGCAGCGUGGCGUGAGCAAGGACGCAUACCAAUUCGUGCAGGCCUUCCUGGACGCACAUCCCGAGCUGCGCACGCGUCCCUUCUUCAUCACAGGGGAGUCGUACGCGGGAAAGUACAUCCCCACGCUCGCUGCACGCAUAGUGCGCGCCAACAAGGCUGGCAAGCAGCCGCCAAUAAACCUGCAGGGCAUAGCUAUCGGCAACGGCUUGACGAGUCCGCACACACAGACCAUGUCGUAUGCGCGGUUUGCAUACAAGAACAAGCUCAUGAGCUACUGGAAGUAUCGGGAACUCAAGGCGCGAGGGCGAGCAUGCCAGCUCACUGACCUCAUGUGUGGCACCCAGGGCAAGGUGACGUGCAUUACAGCGUUCCUGGUGUGCGGGUGGUACUUCAACCAGGUGUUGCUGCAGUCUGGCAACGGCAACGUCAACUACUACGACGUGCGCAAGCCGUGCGUGUAUGACAGCGGCUGCUACGACUUCAGUGCCGGCAAUGCAUACCUCAACUCUUAUCCCGUGCAGCAGAAGCUGGGAGUCACCAGAAAGUGGAGCGACUGCAACGACAGUGUGUACUUUGGAAUGCUCAUGGACUUUGAGAGGGAUGAGACGGAGCACGUGAGCUACGUGCUGAACAACGGGCUGCGAGUGCUUAUAUAUGCAGGCGAGAAGGACUUUAUCUGCAACUGGAUUGGCAACAGCUGGUGGUUGAGAAGUCUCAAGUGGAAAGGCCAGGGGGCGUAUCGAAAGGCAAAGUACAAGCCAUUCUUGCUCUCAGGCAGUCAGAAGGGCCUUGCAAAAGUCGCGGAACCACUCACAUUUCUACGAGUGCAUGAAUCGGGUCACAUGGUGCCCAUGGAUCAACCUGAAGCUGCACUCGAAAUGAUACGCCGAUUUAUGGCCAAGGAAUCCCUCAUUGGAUAA